CAGGGUUUCGGGCCCUCACGGUCACGUCUCCGCCCCUCACUCUCACUCCAAUACCGCAUUCGGACACGCCUCCUGCUGACCUCCAGACGGCGCUGUGGCCCUUUCCCACCCCACUCCCCGGACACGAUGGCCUGCUCCAGCACGUCGUCCACCCCUAGACUGUCCUCCUCGACAUUUGUCACGCCCUUUGACUCCUCGUCGCGGGUAGAGGGCGUCGGACGCUCCCAUCAAAGCACCGAGCUCCUUGCCAGGCGCGUGUCCGGUGUGCGCAUCGACCUUUCUCCCCCUUCCCCGCCCAUCUCUUCCUCCACGCGCCCAGGCGACGGGAUGUCGCCCCUUUUAUCCAACGCCCAAUCGUUCCAAAACCAGUUGCACCGUCAUUCUCGGCAAUCCUCAACAUGCAGCGGCAACGACACCCUGUCGGCCUCCUCCUCCUCUACCUCCUCCUCCUCCUCGCCCUUUCCGGCCCUUCUCAAGGCCUUCAACCCCCAAGAGGUACAGGUGGAGGUGGAGUGCGAACCUGCGGCCAUCGGAGACAGGGUCCUCCUCCGCAGCAUCAUCAUCCACAACAUGUCGAAGCUCGACCUGGACGACUCCCUCACGCUCACUGCGGAGCCCAACGACCUCUGCUUUCUGGAGCGCGUCCUGGUCGGCAGUCUGGCCAGAGGGCAACGCAAGGUCGUCCCACUCCAGCUCCGGGUCAGGAGCUCACUGACCAUGCCCUACGAGGACGCGAUCCCAGAGAGAUAUGUCCUCACCCUCAGCCACGCCUCUCCUUCCUCUCUCCCGCCUUCUUCCGCCUCCUCCCCGCCCCCCGACCUGGAGAUCCGCUACAGCUUCGAGAACUCCUUCCGGUACUUCCUCAAGGGCCUCCCGGGCCUGGCCCCUCGACGUGUGGUCAGCCUUCCCUGUCCGUCACCGCCCUCGCGCCCCCCGUCCUCCCCCCCUGCCCGGCGCCGCCUCCCCGCGCCCUGCAACCUCGUGCUGGUGGGUCCUGCCGGCGCGGGGAAGUCCACCCUGCUCGCCCACCUCCUCACGCUCGUCAGCGAGCGGGAGCACGUCAAUUUGGGCGGUGUGCGGACCUGCGCCACCUCCUCGCACGGGACCUUGGAGCUCCGCGCCUACCCCCUGCACCCGACCGUCUCGGCGGUCUCCGUUUGGGACACCCGUGGCUUCACACCCAGCACCUACACGUGCGAAGAGCUCGCCAAUAUUUUGGCGGGCGACUACCCGGAGCGGCGGUGGGACCCGGUGGGGCGGGACGCGGGGAGGGAGGCGGAGGUGCGGGAAGAGGGGGGGGCGACCCGAGCCCUGCGGGAGCAGCAGGCCUGUGUGGUGGUCCUCCCGGAGGGGAUCCUUCAGUCCGCGGUGGAGCUGGACCAGCUCCGCCGGCAGCUGGAGCUGGUGCAGCGGGCAGGCCUGAACCCCUUGGUCCUGCUCACCCACGUGGACCUGGCCUACCCCAGCCUGCGGGCGGACCCGUCGGGGCGUGGGGUGGGGGAGCUGGGGGAGGCGAGGCGGGAGGCGGCCCGGCAGCUGGGGGUGGAGGCGAACCGCGUCCUGCACAUGGUGCCCUACAAGGACGAGGAGACCAGGCGCUUCUCCAUCGACCGCUUGGUUUACAAGGUCCUGGCCAAGGCGCUACAGCUGGCUGCCGAGUACGUGGAGUCGCACCCUGAGGGCGCCCGGGAGGAGGGCCCAGGUCAGGAGGCAGUCCCCUUGCGCUCCUUGUUCGGCGUCUCCCACGCCUGGCCGGCCUUUCUGGAGGCGGAGGACUCUGCCCCGGACGCCCUCCGUGAGGAGCCAAGAGAGGGGGGGCAGCCGGGCGGGCUCCGAGGCCCCUCGGUGGCCUCGUCGGGCCGGACGUCGCCUCUGGGCGGGGUGGCGGGGAGGGGCGAGGUGGGGUCGGGGGGGGCGGGCGGGGAGGGCGGGCGGGGAGGGCGGGAUGAGGACAGUGAGACGGUGGUGGUGAGGGCGGAGGAGAGGGAGAGGGGUGGGGGGGUAGAGGAGGACGGGACGGAGGACGGGGAGGGGGGGGGGGGAGGCGGGGGGGAGGAGGGGAAGAGGAGGAGGAGGGAUGUCCUGGAUGCG